AUUAAAUGUAUAAUAGGUGACGUUUUAACGGGAUUUUAAAAUAAUUAUUUAUUAUUGUAUUUAGGCUAAAUUUUGUGUUCUUUUCAUUGGGUUUUAUGGGUUGUAUAGAGAAGAAUAACUUAUUAGUUCGAAGAUUGUAGUUUAGUCAUAGAACUAGAAAAAUAUGUUAGUUGCGGAUUUUUAGUUUUUCGUAAUUUCGUGAUUAAUUUUGUAUAUAAUAUAUAUACAUAUAUUUAUAUGCUGAAGUCACAAAUUUGAGGCAACAUUUCGCUAUCGCAUAUAUAAAUAAUCGAACGAAUUGUUUACUCACACACUGCUAAUAUUUAUUACUAAUUGCAUUUAAUUAUCAAGUUCUCAGAUUUUACUUUCUUAAUUAAAUAUAACUAAAUAAUUGUGUAAAAGAUGCACCUACUUCUGUUUUGUUUACCCUUAUACUCGAUUGCGACAUUCCUGCUAGGUGCCUCAAUCACAGCGGGAAUAUUUGUUUUCCAUGUAGCUGUUGUGCCUUUAAUAUUCAAGUAUUCAAAAUCAUUUAAACAAAAUAUGAUCUUUGCUAAUUUUGCUCAAUGGCCUUUUCACAUAGACUAUGAGGACCCUGCAGCUAGCGGAAUAGAAGGUGCUAGAAAUAUUAACAUUGAGUAUCAAUCUAUGGUUGAUAAUUGCCCAGUUAAACUAGGUAUUUGGCAUAUCCUACCAAAGAGUAGCUAUGAAAAACUAAAAGGUAGCUUUGAAGAGAGCUCGGAUAAGGAGCAACUAAGCAAGCAGUUAGACGAAGAAUUGGCCAAUUCAAAAUAUCCUAUCGUACUUUAUUGUCAUGGUAACUCGAACUCCCGUGCGGCAUCUCAUAGGAUAGAGUUAUAUCAAUUUUUUCAGAAAAUGGAUUUCCAUACAAUCGCAUUCGACUAUCGAGGAUAUGGCGAUUCAACAAAUGUCUGUCCUACUGAAAGAGGGGUGGUGGAAGAUUCACUAAUAGUAUAUGACUGGCUUAACAGCACCAUUCAGUCCAGCUCUCAACGACCUGCUGUUUUCGUUUGGGGACAUUCAUUGGGUACGGGGAUUUCCUCUCAUUUAAUGGGCAAUCUCUCAGAAUUGUCUCGCAAUGUUCUCAAACGGGAGCCGUUGCCGAGACCAUGUGGACUGAUUCUCGAAGCUCCGUUUAGUAAUUUGGCAGAUGCUGUAACUCAUCACCCAUUGUCCGCGCUUGUAAGAUGGUUGCCAUACUUCGACAAUACAUUCGUGUCGCCGUUCAGAUCGAGCGAAGAAUAUUCCUUCAAGUCAGACUCACACUUGGCCAAGGCGAAAGAGUUGCCAGUUCUCAUAUUACACGCUAAGGAUGACGUCGUCGUUCCCUUUAUUGUGGGGCUUAAGUUAUAUAAAUCAAUAUUGGAGUCGCGGAAUAAUGAUGGCUCAAAAGUCAAACUACACGCUUAUGACAAACAGCAAAACUUAGGUCAUAAAUAUAUCUGCCACGCCCGAGAUCUAGAACAAGUUAUUGGUGAAUUCGUGGCAAUGCAUCACUAGACAAGAGAAGAUGGUUGGCUUAAUAUAGACUGCUUUAGCUUAAAUGCGCUUUUUUAUUUGUCCUUUAGCAAACUUUACUCUAUUAUUGGGGAUUUUUGGUAUUGAAAAUUUUUAUUUAUUUCAUAAAUAUUGUUUGAUUAAUCGACGUGUUAGUGAGAAAUUUUUCUUUGUAAUAACGAACGAAUUUAAUUGUCAAUUAGAAUUUAUAUUUUAUUUUAGAGAAAUAUGAUUAAUUGUCACGUUAAAUUAAAAUAUGAUUUUAUUUUGCGUACGGCUGUUUGCUAAAGAUGACAUUGCUUUCGCGGGGCUAUAAGUACAAACGUAAAACGUCAAUUAUUUAUUGUAUUUUUUUAAGAAACAAAUUAUUUAUU